UUAGUAACCGCCUGGUUCAGGUCAUAGGCAGGGAGAGGAAGGACUGCAGAGUCUUUCAUUCUUUCUGGUGCAGCUUAACUGAUUUGAAGAAGCCGAAGAAUAAAAUCCAGUAGCACAGUUAAGACUUUAGCCAUGGCAUCUGUAUCAUACCAAAAACCAACAUCUACUACUGUGGGAAAACAAAUGAUUUUUACAGGUCCAGACUACAUAAAGGAUUAUUUACCCAAAAUUCAUGAGCACACCUGCUAUGUAGGAGAACAGCAUCCGGCGUUAGAAAAAACUGGAGAUCUCAGAUAUUUAUGGAGGCCUGCCUCAAAUAGAAGCUUGCCAGCAAAAUAUAAACAUGAGUACGUUGGUGAAAUUGGUUGGGGAGUACCACAGUAUAAUUUUAUCAACAAAUCAAGACUGGAGAGUGGCUUCCAUAUCAAGUAUGAAGAACUAAGUCAAGCUUCUCUUGAUUCAAUAACCCACAGAUAUCAAAACCCAUGGCAACCAAAACCUCAUGUCCUGGAUAUGCAAGGAAAACAGAGUCGUGCUUCUUUUGCCUGGCAUGUGAGUGAUUUCGAGGACACUGAUCGGAGAAAUUCCAAAUGGGCUACUCUCGUUAGGCAGAGUAAGUCAUCAUUGCCAAGAGCUUCCAAACCAUUUAAGCUGCCGAAGCUGCCAAAAAAGGAAAAGAAAAGGAAGCAUUAGCCUCUAAAUCAGCAUAAUUCAACCUGCUUUUAGAAGGAGAAACUGCCUACUACUGUAGAACAAAAAAUAAGAUCAUAAUAAUCCGUAAGUGCUUCUCAUUUUGCCCCGGGACAGAUGUCUUGCAAGAGUACGCUUCAGCUUAAAGCCCAAAUAAAGAGUUUGGAAAAAAGUUGUUGUCAGUCUUUGCAACCAUUGUUUCAUGAAACUAAUUGUUAUUGACUAUCAAACUAAUAGUAACUGUUUACUGAGUGCUUACAACAUCUAACACUAUUCCAAGUGCUUUACAUUCAUUCUCUAAUAUAAUUUCAUAACCAUAUGAGAUAGCUUCUAUUAUUUCCCCAGCUUUGCAGAUAAGGAAAUUAAGGCUUUGAAAGGUUACAUGGUUAGGAAGUAGCAGAACUUGGAUUUGACCCCAGGCUAUUGGACUCUAAAGCUAACAUAUAUGGCUUUUAAAGUAUCUUAUAAUAUUGGCAUGGUGCUUUGGCAAUAAAAAGCAGUUACAACCCUAAUUUUCAGAAGAUUCUCACAGCACCCUUGUUGAACAGGUACUACCUUCCUUUUAC